GGGAGGGACCAUUCGUUUUUAACAAACAGCCUCCAAACUCCCCUUCCCAUGUAGUCAGGAUUCUAGAUUUUUCUGUCCAGCCUGUUCUCUCCGGGGCACACCUGCUCUCUCUCUCCCUCUCUCCUAGCACCUGCUGCUCAGUAGGAAGGGCAAGAGCAAUUCGAGGCGGUGCAUUGUGAGGAGUCUCCACCCCUCCUCCUGCGCUUCCUUCUCCAGGGCGCCUCUCAGGCUCCGCCCUCACCUGCCCGAGAUAAUUUUAGUUUCCCUGGGCCUGGAAUCUGGAUACGCAGGGCUCGUUCUAUAUUCUCCCGCCUCAACAUUCCAAAGGAGGGAUAGCCUUUCUACCAUCUGUAGAGAAGAGAGAAAGGAUUCGAAAUCAAAUCCAAGUGUCUGGGAUCUCUAGACAGAGUCAGACUUUGGGCUCGGUGUCCGGCUCCUUCUGUUGGAGGUGCUCCAGGGAGGGGCACCCUUGUUGACGCUCCCACCUCUGCUUGAAAAAGGAGAUUAGGUGCCAUGGAACUGGAUCUGAGCCUGACUCAUCUCAGCAGCUCCCCAGAAGAUGUGUGCCCAACUCCUGGGACCCCUCCUGAGACUCCUCCACCCCCUGAUAACCCUCCGCCAGGGGAUGUGAAGCGGUCGCAGCCUUUGCCCAUCCCCAGCAGCAGGAAACUUCGAGAAGAGGAGUUUCAGGCAAGCUCUCUGCCCUCCAUCCCCAACCCCUUCCCUGAGCUCUGCAGCCCACCUUCACAGAAACCCAUUCUUGGUGGUUCCUCCGGUGCAAGGGGAUUGCUUCCUCGAGACUCCAGCCGCCUCUGUGUGGUGAAGGUGUACAGUGAGGAUGGGGCCUGCCGGUCUGUGGAGGUGGCAGCAGGCGCCACAGCUCGUCACGUGUGUGAGAUGCUGGUGCAACGAGCUCACGCCCUGAGCGACGAGAGCUGGGGACUGGUGGAAUCCCACCCCUACCUGGCACUGGAGCGGGGUCUGGAGGACCAUGAGUUUGUGGUGGAAGUGCAGGAGGCCUGGCCUGUGGGUGGAGACAGCCGCUUCAUCUUCCGUAAAAAUUUCGCCAAGUAUGAACUAUUCAAGAGCCCCCCACACACCUUGUUUCCAGAAAAGAUGGUCUCGAGCUGUCUGGAUGCACAAACAGGCAUAUCCCAUGAAGACCUCAUCCAGAACUUCCUGAACGCUGGCAGCUUCCCUGAGAUCCAGGGCUUUCUGCAGCUGCGGGGAUCAGGCCGGGGCUCAGGUCGAAAGCUUUGGAAACGUUUCUUCUGCUUUCUGCGUCGAUCUGGCCUCUACUACUCUACCAAGGGUACCUCCAAGGACCCCAGACACCUACAGUAUGUGGCAGAUGUGAAUGAGUCCAAUGCCUAUGUGGUGACCCAGGGCUGCAAGCUGUAUGGGAUGCCCACUGACUUCGGCUUCUGUGUCAAGCCCAACAAGCUUCGAAACGGCCACAAGGGGCUCCACAUCUUCUGCAGUGAGGAUGAGCAGAGUCGGACCUGCUGGCUGGCUGCCUUCCGGCUCUUCAAGUACGGGGUUCAGCUAUAUAAGAAUUAUCAGCAGGCCCAGUCUCGUCACCUGCGCCUAUCCUGUUUGGGGUCUCCACCCUUGAGGAGCGUCUCAGACAAUACCCUAGUGGCUAUGGACUUCUCUGGCCACUCGGGGCGUGUCAUUGAUAACCCCCGGGAAGCUCUGAGUGCCGCCAUGGAGGAGGCCCAGGCCUGGAGGAAGAAGACAAACCACCAUCUCAGCCUGCCCACCACAUGCUCUGGCUCGAGCCUCAGUGCAGCCAUUCAUCGCACCCAGCCCUGGUUUCAUGGACGCAUCUCUCGGGAGGAGAGCCAGCGGCUAAUUGGACAGCAGGGCCUGGUGGAUGGUGUGUUCCUGGUCCGGGAGAGCCAGAGGAACCCACAGGGCUUCGUCCUGUCCUUGUGCCAUCUGCAGAAAGUCAAGCAUUAUCUCAUUUUGCCAAGCGAAGAUGAAGGCUGCCUUUACUUCAGCAUGGAUGAAGGCCAGACCCGUUUCACAGACCUGCUGCAGCUGGUAGAAUUCCACCAGCUGAACCGAGGCAUCCUGCCCUGCCUGCUGCGCCACUGCUGUGCCCGUGUGGCCCUCUGACACCGCACAAGCUAUCGCAGCCAUGGGUUUGCCUACCACCCUUCUGUUCAGUGGACUCGGUGCAGGUGGGUGGGGUGGUAAACAGUGGAAGAGCUCCCCCCCACUUUUCUCCCAGUUUUUAAAAAACCUCUCUGAAGCAGUGAAACAUCCUCUAACCCUAUCCAUCCCUGACUCCUGUCCCCAAGGGAGGCAUUGUGGUCCUGUCCCCUUGGUAGAGCUCCUGAGGUACGGUUCCAGUGAGGGGCAUUAUGAGAGGAGUGAGGCAGCCCAGGAGGUCUCAUGCCCCACCCAUACUCUGUACAGACUGAGAGGCCAGUUGAUCUGCUCUGUUUUAUACCAGUAACAAUAAAGAUUAUUUUUUGAUACA